AUGGGCAAGCUUCUCUGCGACCCUUCCGCCGCCGCCGUCGCCGAGGCCCUGCCGCCGUCGCCAGCCCCCGCUCCGCCGCUGCCGCUCCUCGCCUGGUCCUCCCCGGCCCCCUCCCCCGAGCCCUCCACCUCGCCCACGGGCUGGGACGCGGUCUGGGCGCUCGAGGACCAGCAGCGCCGCCGCCUCCACCGGAUCUGGGAGCGCGGCGUCGCGUGGAAGCCCUCCUCGCCGGGCGCCGAAGGGGCUGCGCCGGCGCCGGCGCCCGUGGUCUUCCGCCUCGACCACGGCGGGGAGGUCGACGCCGAUGGCAACUGCCUCUUCACCGCCGCGCGGACGGCCGCCGCUGCCAAGGCCAACGCGCGCGAGCUCAGGCACCGCGCCGUGCGCCGGUUCGCCGAGGUCUACACCGCCGCGGGGGAGGACGACAAGGCCGCCGUCGACGCCGCCGUGAGGCACCUCUACGCGCCGGAUCUCAAGGCCGGGUGGGGCGUCCACGUCGUGCAGGAGAUGAAGGUGCUCGUGCCCAAGGCCCAGCGCGACGCGCUCGACGCCGCCAUCCAGGAGCUCGUUGAUCUCGGCAUCCAAAGGGAAAUAGCAGCUGAAACUAUCUACAAGGAAAGAUGUAUCACUGUAGACAAUGGUGAUAGUUGGACCAAGUACAUGUCCAUUUCUGGUUCUGCAGAGGAUGAGCAUGACAUUAUCACCCUGCAGUACACAGAGGAGGGGUUGCUGACAAUAGAUGAGAACCGAGAUGGCCGUGCAGCUGCAUUUGGUGAUGAUAUUGCCAUUGAAUGCCUAGCAACUGAGUUCAAGAGAGAAGUUUACGUGGUGCAAGCUCAUGGAGCAGAUGCAAUGGUUGACGAGGAUAGCUGUGUGUUCUUCCUCCCACACCGUCCUAGAGGAGAAAUUUGUGAACCGCCAAUUUUUCUUUUCAUGAAAGGAACAGGGUCUUGCCUGCUUAUGAAAGCUGUGUACCGUAAUUUCUGUGUGUAUGGCGAUUUUGUUGUUGUUAAGACUAGUGGUCCAAAGCAUACUUGUGGUUCAUUCAACAAUUGUGGUGAAACAAUGGCCUCCAAUAAAUGGGUAGCUGAAAGAGUUGUCGAUUUACUGCGGGAAGACCCUGAAAUGAGACCAAAGGAGUUGCAAGAUAGGAUCAUGAAGAAGUACUCGAUAGAAAACAUGAAGAAGAAUGUGUAUAGUGGUGAGCUUUAUGGUAAGAAUAUGUGGGCAGCUGCCAAGAGCUUCACAAAUGACAAGUUCAAGUACAUGCGAAACAUAGAGGAGAAUGAUCCUAGUGCACUAGCCUGGUUGGAUGACAACCAUCCAUUUAUGUGGAGUAGAAGCAAAUUUGGGGAAGAAUGCAAGGAUUUUCAAAUUGUGGAUAUGCAUGACAAGAUAAGACAAAUGAUCAUUGAGCAAUUUGUUUUGAGAGCUAAGAUUGCUAGUAAAAUGUCAGGCACAAUCAUUCCAGUUGUGACCGAUGCUCUAAAUGCUAAAGCUAAGAGUAUCAAGGGCCAUGAGGUAUUGAUAUGUGGGGCUAGAAUAGCUGAAGUAACUGUGAACAGAUUCAGUGCAAGUGCAAGGGGAAGGGGAAAGGGAAGAGGAAGAGGAAGUGCAAGUGUAGGACCUAGAACAGAAGGAGCAGAAGGGGCUGGAACAAAAGGAAGAGGAAGAGGAAGAGGAAGAGGAGGGAGGUUGGGUGCAUUGUUAGGAAUAGAUGCAUGA